AUAGAGGGAUCAUAAGUUCGCCAGCGGUUCGAAGCACUGGUACUGUUCGAAACAUGGAUUAACGUGUAUUUCAAUAAAGUUAUUGUGUUUACUUUCAAAAGGAAAUUAAGAAGCAAAUAGUGCUCUCACUCGAUCGUAAAUAUUUAUAUCAAUCGGCACCGAUAUGUUGGCCUACACCAAGGUUUUUAUCAUCACGUGCCUACUUCGAGCGCACUUUGCGAUAGCGUUCAGCGGUAUUACGGAAGUUGAUGUUAGCACGUGUCAACUGCCACUGAAAUUAGCACAGGAAAUAGAUUCAUACGGUCCGAUUGUUAAAAAUAUAAUAAAAGAAGCAACAUCGGGAUCCUUCAAAGGAGUCACCUGGAACGAAUUAUCUUACUUCGUUGACACAUUCGGCCCGAGAUUAUACGGCACCGAAGUAUUAGAACAAUCGAUCGAUUACGUGUUAAAUAAAUCAAUCGAGUGUGGCUUGGAAAAUGUCCACGGUGAACAUGUGCCCGUACCUCAUUGGAUCAGAGGGAAGGAAUCUGCGACUCUUUUAAAGCCAAGACGCAAAAAUAUUGCUCUUCUUGGAUUGGGUUACAGUGUUGGUACACCGCCUGAAGGUAUAACCGCAAAAGCAAUCGUUGUAAAUAGUCUCGACGAGCUACAUCAGAGGAAAAAUGAAGUGCAAGGAAAAAUCGUGGUGUACAAUCAGAAAUAUGUUAACUACGCGGAGACGGCUGAUUAUCGUGUCAUUGGAGCCUCGGUAGCAUCGAGAUAUGGUGCUGUUGCUGCUUUAAUUAACUCGGUCACGCCAUUCUCUCUUUACACGCCGCACACUGGCGAACAAAUGUACGAACAAAAUGUGACCAAGAAAAUUCCGGCUGCCUGUAUCACGGCUGAAGAUGCUGCGUUGUUAAGGAGAAUGUCGCAAAGAGGUAAUACUAUAGAAAUAAACUUGAAAAUGGAGGCGAAAAAUUUGCCGGACACGAUAUCACGAAAUAUAGUAGCUGAAAUAAAUGGCACCACGAAUCCGGAAAAAGUGGUGGUUGUGUCUGGUCAUAUUGAUAGUUGGGACGUUGGUCAAGGAGCAAUGGAUGAUGGAGGUGGUGCGUUUGUUUCAUGGGAAGCAUUGAAAUUAUUGAAACAUCUCAAUCUUAGACCACGUCGAACGAUAAGAAUGAUUAUGUGGACAGCUGAAGAGGCUGGUAUGAUAGGAGCUAAUCAUUAUAUUAAAGCUCACAAAGCUGAAGAACAUAAUUUACAAUUUGUAAUGGAAUCGGAUUUGGGCACUUUCACACCAUUAGGACUUGAAUAUACUGGAACUGAUGAAGUUAAAUGCAUUUUGGCAAGAAUUUUGAAGCUUCUAUCCCCUAUGGGAAAAAUGGGACUACGUAUUCCCCAACUGGGACCUGAUAUCGAAGCAUGGGCACAGGCAGGAGUACCUGCAGGUUCACUUUGGACACAGAAUGAAAAAUACUUUUAUUACCACCAUACUAAUGCAGAUACCAUGCUGCUCGAGGAUCCGGAAGCUCUUGAUAAAGGAACAGCCGUGGUCGCAGCAGUAGCAUACGUGCUUGCUGAUAUUACUGUGGAUCUUCCUCGACAUAAGUGAUUUAAUUAUUGAUAUUGUUAUCAUUAAUAACGAAAUAAACUUUUUUUAUCGUAUAAAAACGUGAA